AUGGGGUGCACACCUUCCCACAGCGACAUUGUAAACAGUGUGGCAAAGAGUGGCAUUCAGUUUCUGAAAAAACCCAAAGCAAUUUUGCCAGGACGUCGGGGGAACCAUGGAAGCGGUUCCAUCCCCCUGUUAGUUAAAAGUUCCACCUGCUAUGACCCUGGAGGGAGCCUGCCCCAGGGACGGAGGUGGACAGAGGGGCCACCAAGGGCUAAGAGGUCUCAAACGGUGACUGAUGGUCUUUGUCAGCGUGUGGGAAAGAGGGAGGGGCUGAGCCCCAAAAGCCAGACCUCCGCAUCCAGGCUGAACAAAGCACAAAGCCAUAUGGCUAAGGACAUUCCAGGCAAGAUGGAAAGCUCCCAUGGGACACGAGGGACUGCCUUUCUUGGGGAAGGGAAUGAAGAAAGCACUGCUCAGGCUACCUCAAAGCCAUCAGGCACACAGAGCCACGGUUGCCAAGCUAUCCCAGAGUCAGAGGCCAAAGUGGACUUCCCUGAACCCCUGGUAAAAGCCCACCAGCAUGCCUACGCCUACCUGCACUCCAGCCUCUCCCGGUACGAAGCAAUACUGCGCCUCAUGCAUCAGGCCAGCCAGACCCGGGAGCUGCUGCAGCCCAUGCUUGGCUUCCUGCUGCUGUGCUGCGAGGAGGUCAGCCAGCUGUUGGGAGAGAUCUCUAAGGAUGGGGAGGAGCUACUCUGGGACGUGAGGGAGGAUCUGGCUUGGCCAUUGAAAAAAGGAGAGGUCUCAGAGCCGCCGGACCUCUUGCAGCAGCUGUUACAGUACACGGUCAGCCAGCUACAGGUGCUCCAUGGCACGGUGGCCUCCCUCACCGGCAGCUUCCUGGAAGGUUCCAGCAACUACCUCCACUCCACAGCCAGCCACCUGGAGACUAAGCUGAGCACAAAAAGGGGUGCGGAGGAAUACCUCCUGAGGUCUCUGGGGCAACUAGAGAGCCUAGCGAGUGGCCAUAGGGACCCCGGGCUGCAGGGUCCACCCCUGUGCUCUGAGGACAGUGGCAUUGGUGCUGACAAUGAGUCCGUGCAGUCUGCAGACAAGCUGGGCAAACAAGGUAGCUGGGACUUUGCAUCCGAUCCCACGGAAUGGAAGCCGGGGAUGUCCCCACAAGUGGAGGCCAGACUGUCAGGACAUGGCUGGCCGCCAAGUCCAUUCUGGAUGGGAUCCGACAGACCCCAGGACUGCCCACUGUCCAGACCAGCUAUGGCUAAGGUUCAUCCGGCAGCUCAGAGUGAAGCAAGGACAUCAGGCCCUUCCAGCCCAGGCUCAGAAACUGCCACCCCCAGGUCUUCCGAGGCAGGAAAGAGCAUGGCGUGGGUCUCCCUCGAGAGUGGGGUCCCUGUGGAGACACAUCUACCUCCAAGCUCCAGGUUGGCAGCCGCUCCAUCCCUCAGUGAAGGUCAGGACAGCAGCUCUGAGGAAGAAGAUGACGAUAGCUGCACACAUCCAUGUGCAGGCCAGGAAAGCCCUCCACGUUCCUCCAGACCCCGGUCUUCUCCUCCUGACCGGGAGAGCCUAUUUCAGCCACACGCCCAGAAACUUAAGAGCCCCCAGGCCCGGGAAAUGAUUCUGAAGAUGAAAGAAGCCAUCAGUGAAAAGAUCAAGUUUGUUCCUGUAGCUUCUGGCCACCAAGACUGGGCUGAGGAGGAGGAAGAUGGUGGGACCCUGGUCCCACCGAGGCCUAGCACUGUCAGUGGCAGCAGGAAGACCCCGGAGAGGCAGAGGAGGUCUCAGUCAGAGGGCUGUUUGAAGAGCCACGUGGAGGACCCCACACUCCAGGAGCUAUGGAAGGUCCAGAGAGACCUCAGUCAGAGGCUGGAGAUGUUUUAUGCCCUGGGUGCCACCCAGAAGGGGCAGAGCCAAGAGCAGCUUCCGCAGCGCAGAGCGGUGAUGCUCGGUACCCGCCACAGCCACAGAGCGAGCCCCAGCGGCACCAUCAGCAGGCUCAAGGCCUCCCUCACCAGAAACUUCAGCAUCCUGCCCAGUCAGGACAAGAGUCUCCCACAGAAACGCAGUCCCCACCCUGAGAGAGAACAGCCCUGGCCCAGGAAAGCUGAGAUGCUGCCAAAUGCCACCCCCUCGGGGGAGGCUGGUGUCACUGCCAGGACCACGGACAGGGCCAGAGGGGACUGUCCUAGCAGAGCAUCCGUCAAGAAACUCAUUGAAACUUUCAGUCCUUCUGAGAAUCUAAGGAUGCUGGGGGACCCCAGAAACUCAGGGUCAAGUCGCUGCCUGAAGAAGUGGGGGAUUCCCACCAUGCCCCCCAGAUUUCCGAUAUACAGAGGGCUUGCCCCUUUGUAUCCUAAGCCUCAAAUUUCCCCCACAGUGCAAAGAGACUGUUUCAAGGUGGGUACAGGCUGGAGGCCUUUAGUACCUAUCUUCCCCCCUCUACCUACAACAGAAGCGUACCAGAGUGAGGAGACUGACUGUGAGGCCAGAGGGGAUCCCGAGGAUCUCCCUCCGCCACCUCUGGAAGUCCUCAUGGACAAUUCAUUCGCUUCUCUGGAGCCCCCAGAUGGCAGCGAGAUGGCAGGGCACUCUGCCGAAGAGAGCCCAGCCCCCGGGCAAGGAGAGGAAGGCCCUCCCAGAAUAUGGCCUUCCACAAAGCUGAGGGUCUCCAUGGGCCCCCUUGACUUGCUGCCUAGUAAGGGCACUGCCAGCUCCCCAAAGUUGCAUGGCACAGGACCAGCAAGCAGCAGAAGUGGCAGCAAUCCCAGGAAGCUCACCUCGGAUCUGAGCCACCCACCAGCAGCCAGCCCAGACCCCCCUGUGGAGGCCGGGGCCCAGAGUCAGACACAAACAGAGGUUGCAAGCGUCUCCAAGCACCACUGUAAGGCACCACCCUGGCACCACACCAGCCCCGUGUCCGGGCAAAGCAGGACUAUGGAGCCCAGCCUGGCCAGGCCCACACAAGGACCACAUUCUCCUGAGGCCUCCAGGAGCAGCCCCCACAUCGUCAGAAAGGCCUCUCCCACAAGGACCCAUGGGCUACCCCAAGCAGACAAGAAGCAGCGAAGCAUGCCUGCAGCUCAAAGACCUGCCCAGCCCAGCCUCCCCUCCAUCUCCAGCUCUCCCAGCCCACCACUCAGCCCUGGAGCCCCCAGCCCAUCCAUGAGCCCCAGGACGCUAAGCCCACCAACCCCAAAGAAACAAACUUCCCCACCACCCCAGCACAAGCUGCCCAGCCCACCCCCAGGGAGUCCACCUGCUCAGCCCAAGGUCUCCAGCCAUCUCUCCCCUUUCCCCAACACCUUCCCAUCCCCACCAGUGUCCCCCUCACAGGGGCACAAGGACACAAGGGACUCUGAAGAGAGUGAAGCCACCACUGCCAAAGCAUCUGAGAACACAGGUUCCAUAUUCUGCCCAGCCACCUCCUCUCUCUUUGAAGCGAAAUCAUCAUCCUCAGCAGCCCACCCACUGGCCCCACUACCAGAGCCUGGGGUCCCUCUUGGGAUCCCUACGGGAUGCUGGAGGAGGAGCUCAGGGCUGCGGCCAAGGGCAGAUUUGCAGAAGAGGACGGUUCUGAGUGCCACCAACCCUUUGCCUUUUGUCAGAAGGACAGCUCCCCACCGCCACCCCGGAGCCCCUCUUUUGCUGCCUGGUUCUUGGGAAUCUCAGCCUGGCCAUAGCAGCAGUGUGGAGAGCUCCAAGCAAGACACUACACCUUGGAGCAGCAGUCCCUGGGCCCCAGAACAGCAGAAUGGUGGUGCCAGGCGGGCAUCUCCCCCAGAGCUCUACGUGCUGGGCCAGGGGCUGCAGCCAGAGGCCCGAGUCAGCCGCACCCAGGACAAAUCCCAGCGAGGCGAGGCUCCAGCAGGAGACGCUGUGACAGACUGACCAGCGGGGUCACCC